GUUGCUCUGUAAAGCCGAGCAACAGUCAGGUGUUGGCAACGAACAGAAACACACGCGAAGUGGAAAGAAACUCCAAAAGUGAAAUACGAAAAAUUUGAAUAUCGCAAAAGUGAAAAUAAAAAAGCCACACAGUGGAAGUGAUUUCACAACAAAAAUAAAACAGCACAGAAGCUAAAACAAAAAAAUAAACACAUUGCCAUUUGGUGUACGUGUCAGAAAUUAAAGCAGCACGUUUUAUAUACAACACAAACAACAAAACCAAAAAAGGGGUGUUGAAGUUCAAGACCUCAAGUGAGCAAUUAAGUAAUUAAAACACGCUAAAAACAGCAGCAACAACAACAAACUAAUUAAACAUCUCAUUGCGAUGGAGAAAUCGGGUCCACCCGGCAACUAUCCGCGUAUGCCCGCCGAGAUGCAGGAGGCUACACACAGCGGUUACAUCGAGCAGCCAACGGCGGCACCGCCAUCCUACGAUCAGGCCAUGCAUACAGCACCACAGUAUCCGCCAGUGCAAGUGUUGCCCACACCGAGUAGCACUUCCGACGCCGCCAACCUUACGCCCACACAGCAGCAACAGCAACAACAACCGCAACAACGUAAGACAACAACAAACGCUGCUGCGGCUGGCACACAACACACCUAUGGCGGCAGCACACAGUACGGCGCCACGGGCAUGGGCCGCGCUGGCGCGGGUGGUGGCAUACCGCCACCACAUCACGCUUAUAUGUCGGCCGCUACACAGCCGAUGGUACAACAACCUGUUGUAAUCAUACAACAACAAGCAAUUUUGCCAUUGGGACCGGAACCAACAUAUGUCACUUGUCCAGGCUGUCACGUUACGAAGGUGACACGCAUCGGCUACGAACCGAAUGGCAGAACACAUUUAAUGGCGGCGAUACUGUGUAUUGUUGGCUUAUGGUGUUGUGUCUGUUUGCCCUACUGUGCGGAGAGUUGCAUGAGCGCCAACCAUUACUGUGGUAAUUGCAAUAAAUUUCUGGGCACCUACAAUGGCGGCGGAUUCUGAUGGGCUGGCAUUUAAAGCCAUAUACAUAAAUUGACCUUCGACACUAGCCACGUCGCCCUUUAAAGCAUUUUUAUUAUAUUAUAUACUUUUAUAGAUGUGCAGUAUAUAUGUAUACUGUUUUUUUUUACUUUCCAGUGAAAAAAUUACAAAAACAAUGUAUAUAAAAAUUUAGCUGAGCGAUUAUUUAUUAAGUUAUAUACAAACAUACAUAAGCUUUAAAGCUAUUUAAAAGCAUUAUAUAUUACAUAUUAUAAAAUAUUAGAAGCAUAAUUUGAAAGCAAAUGUAAUUAAUUUAUGUAUUAAACACUUUACUUGAAAUAUAUGUAAAAUAAAAAAUAAUUUAUUCUUUUAUACA